AUGUGGUCAAAAUUUCUCAGCAGUUUGCUCUUACUCGGCGGAACUCUUGCCAAUGGCAUGAGCGUGGCGGCUCCGGGAGAAGUCAUUAUCCCAAAUAUCACCUUCCCGUAUGGAUACAAUGCCAGCGCACAGUAUGGCUCUUCUGUGUGGGUUGGCAUCGGUGGAGAUGCAAACACCUGCGACGACCCGGCACGAGUCAACAAUGGAGGCCUUAUCCAAGGAGGUUACUACUAUUUGUACGACCCACAAGGUGACUUUGGAGUAUUUGCCUUCUAUGAAUGGUUUCCUGAUCCUCCUGUCUUCCUGGACGACACUGAGGGUAUCCUGACGAACAUUGGUGACCAUGUGCGGAUGACAGUCACGCAAAAGGGAAACACGACUGGAACCUUUACCUGGGAGAACUUGACACAAAACAAAAAAUUUUCAAAGGAUCUCAAAGCCCCUGUGAAUGGCACUUUGUGCACUAAUCACGCCGAGUGGAUCAUUGAGAGCUUCAUGUCCAAAGAUGAUCCUGACAACUUGUUUCCCAAUUUUGGUGAAUUGUCGUUUAUCAAUACCAAAGCUGUGUCAGAAGCAGGCAAGCCGGCGACGCUAGCCGAGGGUAUUGUUGUUACUGCCGAACCAGAAUUGAACAGCGGGAAACAUUUGACAAGUUGCGAGAUGGAGAAGGCAGAUGUCACGACCUGCAAAUGGCUUGGUUAUAAGGGAGUUUUUGGUCACUAA